AUGGAUAGGAUCAGCAGUCUACCAAAUGAAAUCAUAUGUCAUAUUGUAUCUUUCCUUUCGGCAAAGGAGGCUGCUUUUGCAUCGGUUCUCUCAAAGAGGUGGCAAAAUCUCUAUACCAUCAUACCAAAACUUGAUUUUGAUGACACAGGGAGUUUGAAGAAUAACUUGGAUAGACUGUUGGCUCUUCCGGCCAGUUCCCGCAUACGAAACUUCUCUCUAAAAUGUCGCAGGCGUAAAGGUCCAAAUCACCAUGCUCACGUCAACGGUCUUCUCUGUAAUGUCCUGAAGCGUGGUGUCAUGGAGCUGAAACUGGAUAUAUGGGUCAGCGAAGUUGAAGGGUAUUCACUGCCUUUUGAGGUCUUCACUAGCAAGACGCUUGUUGAGCUUAAACUAGGUUCUAUUUUGACAAUUGAUCGUCUCCCUGAGAAUGCUCUUCUUCCUGCGCUCAAGACUCUCACUAUUGAAUCAGUUAGAUUCUCUGAUCUUUGUGGUUGUUGUGCGUUCCAGAAGCUUCUCUCUGCUUGCCCUGUGCUUGUGGAGUUGGUUAUGCGUAAUGUGGAAUGGGAUUUUUGGAAAUGGUCUCGCAAAGUAUCCAGUCAAAGCCUUGAGAGACUUACUAUAAACCAUAGAUAUUGCUUUGGUAUUGUUGAGUAUGAUUUGGAGAGCAUUACUUUUGAUACUCCGAGUCUUACCUACUUUAAGUACUUUGACUUUUCUCCGAAAUCCUAUUCAACUGUUAAUCUCGGCUCACUUGUCGAAGCCACGGUCGGUCUUACUUUACCACAAAAUCAGGGCUGGAUCGGACAAUAUCGGAAAAGCAUUCCUACAAGCGAUGUAACCAAUCUGAUUAAGGGGUUAAGCAAUGUUGAGAUCUUGGACUUAUAUGAUACUAUGACUAUGGAGGCGUUUUAUUACUUCCGUGAAGCAAUCCCUGUAUUUAAAAACCUGCACCAUUUAUCUGUUACAACUGGAAAAAAGAUAUGUUGGCGCACUCUGUCAUAUCUACUAAACAAGUCUCCAAAUUUGAAGACUCUCGUCAUUGUGGGUACCUUGCAGAGUAAUUGUCAUUCUUUUCUACUGCCAUGCCCUGUGAAGAUCCUGGAGAUCACAGAGUACCUUGGAAGUAAAGGAGAUUUGGAGGAAAUGAAACAAAUCCUGGAGAAAAUGUCAUGUCUUGAGCUUGUCAAAGUUUGUUCUGAUGAAAGAAAUGACAAGAAACAACUUCGACUCAGGACCAAUCUGCUAAAUCUUCCUAGAUCGUCUAAGUGCAAGAUUCAGUUCGAGUUUACUCUUCCUGGAUCACGGUAG